AUGAACCCCAAUUGGAUGUCAUUAUUGUCACCUGCUUCAAUAUCGCUUUUUAAAGACGAAUGGGCAGAGCCCCUUCAAACUCCGCUCGUUUCUUCACGGGAAGUGCCGCUAGAAGCUUAUUCUUCAUGGAGUAAUUUGAAGGAAGUUGUUUUAGACGAAGACGAGUACGAAGAGGACGUUGUACUGACUUCUCAAGAAGUUAGUGUCCCGCCGUCAGCUGCGUCUAGAUUCAAAUAUGAUGAUAUCCUUUAA